GCUGCUGAUAUAACCUACACACCACUGAGUAUUUCUCCAUCUAUUAGGUGUCAUGCAUCCAGUUUAAUAGCUAGUACACGUGCAGACAGUGAGUCAUUAAUUAAUUCUGAGGGAACUUGAAGAAGAAAACGAUCCAGUGUUGAGAUCCGUGCGUCACCGGGUCCCCGGCGGUGGCGACGCGUACUGCUCCUCAGUCGUGCUUCGCUUCAACCCGGCUUUAAAAAAAAAAACGGGCCAGUGAGACCGCUCACCGAUCGCCGAUUAACACACUAAUUGAGCCCAUCAACCAAUCGUUCGGUCGCGACCGUGGCGCCUCGCCCACGGCAUGACCUCCGGAGUGACGCGUCUCUCCGAUGAGAGGGCGGAGGGAAGAGCGCCGGAGGAGAUGCGCAUAUCUGCAGGUCUCUAGCGCUGUCGUAAAACAAGUGUCGGGAGCAAGUGAGCUAAAAUUAAAGCGAUGCCAGGAGUAACCAAGUACAAUUUAGUGGAUGACGCGCAAGAUUUGAGGAUCCCCAUGCACAACGAGGAGGUGUUUAAGCAUGGGGUGUGCUUCGAGGCAAAGUACAUAGGCAGUUUGGAGGUGGGCCGCCCCGGGAGCCGAAUGGAGAUAGUUGCAGCAAUGAGGAGAAUCAGAUAUGAAUUCAAGUUGAAGAACAUAAAGAAAAAGAAGGUCAACAUUGUCGUAUCUACUGACUUCGUCAAAGUGAUUUUGCGCAAAAAGAGGAAGAGAAAAGGGUGGUCGUGGGACGACAACACCAUCUUGGUGACACAGGAUCCUAUCCACAGGAUCUUUUACGUCUCACAUGAUGCUCAAGACUUAAAGAUAUUCAGUUAUAUAGCCAGAGACGGACAGAGCAACAUUUUCCGCUGCAACGUGUUUAAGUCUAAGAGAAAGCGUAGCAAAGCUUCGAUGUCAGCUCGGCACACCAACACAGCCUUUUGUGCUCAGCCCUCGGAGGCCUCAAAGAAGAGGUUUGCAUUGUCAGAGGAGACAGACCUUGAAGCCACUACAGAGGAGAGCAUUGAGUGCGUCUCAUCAUCAGACCCGGAGAAGAGUAAAAAGGACGAGGCUCUUGGUAAUGAUGGAAAGGUAUCUGAUAACCCGUCUCUUCUGCUGAGCUCGCCCAUCCUUGGAGCCUCUGUGCUGGCUCAUGCUGCAGCAGGGGGAUCCUGCUCUGCAGAGCACCAGGUCCACUUCCUUCAGAAACAACUGCAGCAGCAGGAACAACAAGCACUAGCAGCUUCAGCGCAGGUAAAUGUUUUGCAGGAACAGCUGUCGGUGGAGUUGUGUGCUCGGACUGAAGCCCAGGCCAGAGUGCAGAGGCUGCUGCAGCAGAACACAGACCUGCUGCAGCACAUUUCCCUGUUGGUCAAACAGAUCCAGGAGCUGGAGCUCAAAGCUGCGGGCCAGUUAACAUCCAUGGGUUCCCAGGACAGUCUUCUGGAGAUCACAUUUCGUGCAAAGCCUCCCGGCGUUCCUCAUGAACCCCCCACCCCUUCCUCAUCUACAGGCCUGUUAGCAGCUCAGUCCCAGCUUCAGAUUAGCAAUAGUGCCUGGGUCUCUGUCCUGCCCAGGUCUUGCUCUCCAGGCACCAUGGGCGCUGACACCAUCCCCUCGGGGCUUAGCAGCAGCGGAGUUAGGCUCGAGUGCUUCCGCUUUGCUUCCCGAGCGGCAGACAGCCAGGAACAGGGACAGGACACAGGGGAGACUCCCAGCGACGGGGCCCCCGAUGAAAGCUCGCUGCUGGGGGAGCAGGUCCUGGGAGCCCUGGAGUUGCUUCGUUUCAGGGAAUCUGGGAUUGGAUCAGAGUACGAAUCAAACACAGAUGAGAGCGAUGACCGGGACAGCUGGGGCCAGGGGGAGGGAGCGGGGGCCGACGGAGGAGCCCGACUUUUAAAUGUGCUGAAUGCAGAGAGUCUGCCAGACUGCUUGGGAGAUGAAAUGGCUGUUUAGUGGUGCUGUGAAAGCUGCACUAGGCAACUUUGAAUCUAUGUAAAAGCCCAAUGGGAAAUAAGUAAAAUUCAGAAUCUGAAAUUAUCUGUAUAACGUGACAGAAAACUGCAUAAUCUGCAGGAAUAAAUUGCUUGUCGCGCUCACUCACCGCUGUCCUGGCAAAAGUUUGACAUUUUUUGCCCUUUUGAUUUGCACAGCUUAAGAAAAUGUCCGUCUGGUUCACUGGUAGCUCUGUGGAUUGUUAUUUCUUGCUAUUAUGUAGUUAAUAUGUCACAUUUCUGCAACACAGAAAAAUGUAAUGCAUUACUUUAGAAUCCGUGACACCCAACUAGGGCAGUAAUAUGAUAAUAAUAAUAAUAAUAAUAAUAAUAAUAGCAGAAACGUCUUAGAAUCAAUGAGCAUGCUGUUUGCAAAUCAUCCAUAUUUUUGUUAAUCCUUGGUAACUGCUAUAUAAUAAAUUUAGACAUCAUAAUGUCUAAAGCCAUGCUAGCUGCUCUAUGAGGGUGAGCUAAAUGCUAUGCUAAUAUGCACACAAAUGCUGUGUCAAAAAUUGCUGUACUUCCAUAAUUACACGUGAUCAUUUGAGUACAUGUUCAGAGUGCACUAUAAGUACCCAGCUGAUGGACUCAAAAAGUUGAGUGUGGAAAACUACAGUUUACAGUUAAAGUCGUUAAGAAUGGAAGGGACUAAGCAAAACACUGCCUGAAAAGUGGAGGUAACUGAGUAGUUUCUCAUGCAUAAACUGCACCAAACAAUUGUGAGUGAAGACUAGUCUGAUUUUUCCAUGCUUGCUUGACACAGCAUGUGAAACCAGUAUAAAGUUCAAAAUGAAUUUUUUUUCACUUUUUUUUAUUGUUUCCUAGACUUUAAA